AUGGUGCUCGUCGCGUCGCCCGAAUCAAACCGAAGAUGGUGCACAUUACUAUUGGACCGCGAGGAAUCGGGCACGAGUCCGCGGAACGGAGCAGUCUCGCCAAGCCCGGAGAUUGUGUAUACGGUAGGCGGAGAAAAAGCAGACAUGUGGGUGGGAGUUUGAACUUCCGAUGAACAAUAGCGUAGCAAUGUAGGGACCACUUUCGGGAGCGAGUAAAAAGGACCCCUGGGGAGCAGGUGAAUGUUCUGCAACUCUGUUUAACGGGGAAGACGUUUUUAGUCGGGGCUUGUCUGCUCAACUUUCAUUCGUGAUUUUGUGUCGUGUUCGAGUGUGUUUCAAGACAAACUCAUCUUUGGCACUUUUUUCUUCUGCCUUUAGAGUUUCGAGCUCUAACGUUUAAAAAAAACGUUUCGAUAUUCCUUCCGGUGUGAAUGACUACCAGACUUUGUAACAAUUUCCGAAAGUUCUGCCGAUAUGUUCACAGUGAACCCAAAUGAUCUCAUAAACGAUAUUUAGUAUCAUCUCUCGUGAUAGCCGUAUAAUCACCAAACUUACAUGACCACGGUAUCUUUUUUCAUAGGGGAAUGGAAAAAGAGAAGAUCCGAUUUGCUCAUUCUCCGAAUUGUGCUGCACUCUUUUUGCUUGUUAUUCUUCAAUUCGCCGCCUGAAUUGACUGCUGCACCAGACGGCGCCAUUCGAAUUUCGCCGACUGAAAACAUUUCACAGCAUAGAGAAAAAGUAGUUCCGCAUUCGAGAAUCGACUUCUGAUUAGCUUCAGUGCUCACAGAGUGAACGGUGUGUGGUGCUCUUGAGUAGUGUGCUCCCCAAAAAGGAAGAAUUCGACGGAAACAUUUCUGCCAUUUCCAUUUCCAUUCCACCGCCGAGGUCCUCCACAAUUACCUUUUCACCUUUUCUUUUCGUUUCCUCCUUCUUUUCCUUUUCCGAGAGCAGUUUUUUUCCGGCUCAAAGUGGCUUGCCGCCCCUUUUUUCCUCAGAAUUAGACUCCGCUCGAAAGGAAGCGAGAGCACAGCGACGAAACUAAAUCGCAGAACUGCUCCCUCAGAACCCACCAUUCCAUUCCGUUUUACUUCUUUUCCCUGAAAAAUGAUGAACGAAUUCGAAAAGGUACGUGGUGUUUAAAGGGGAGAUUUCACUUUCGAAAAUACUUUGGGUAGUCAUCCGAGAUUACUGUAGGCGAUUCGGCAGAACAAUCUGAAGCUGUUACGUAAUUUGGCGACCGUGCAGUUGUUCACCGGAGUGGCUCCGUCCGCGGAGCAGAAUGAGGUGGAGGCGAAACAGUUUGCAUGGAUAACCAUUAUGAUGUCAGUGUUGUAAACGAAUGAUUAAUUGGAUGGAGAUGGAAGACUUGGAAGAGAAUGUUCAUAAAAGCACGUUCAUAAAAGCAUGAUUCAUGUAACCCCAGAGUAACCUUCAAAUAUAUUGUUGUCUUCUGAAUCCUUCGAAGAAUUCUCUAACCAUUUAUAGGAGAAUCGGCGGUACUUUGCCGACCAGGAAUUCCGUCGUCCACGUCACAAACCGGAUCAGAAUAUGGUGGAGUACUGGGUGCCUCCGGAAAAGGCGCAACCGCCUAAGAAGACCACAAACGGGCAGGCUCCUCCGACGGGACAGCCACGGAAGGUUUGGUCCCAAUGACUCUUGACGAAAACAUACUAUUCACAGAUCAACCAAGUGUGCCCGACGAGCGCACCGAAUGGGAAACGAGCCAUGAAAAUUCCGAAAGUGAAGGAGCCACGCGGAGAGAAUUCGAGCAAAAAGAGUUCGGCAGGUGAGGAGAACGAGGGGGGAAGGGACCGGAAAUGUCAGCUUCGAAACCGAUAGCCAUUGACUUGCGAGUAGUAUUCUUAUUCGGUCUCUAGUUUUUUGCCCCUCUAGUUCUUUCUUCAGAUCAAGCACCCAGCGCCUUUCGAGUCAUGUACUGGAAAGUCGGAAAGUACUUUGCAAAGGCUGGCGAGGCAGUUAAUCAUCAAUACCAGAAAGUCCGAAUGUUCAGGAAUCGAAUGAAAGCGAACAAAGUUGCUCCGAUUCACACGAAGUCAGCUCUCUCUUUCUCUCUUCCCUUCCCUUUCUCUUCCCAUUUUUCACUAAUUCUGAUUCACUUCAGAGUCCAGUCCCGGCAUCUGGAGCUCGAGCCGCUGUGCUGUCUGUCCUCGUGCCUGGUCCGUGGCGGUUGCACCACCGUCGUCGUCUUCGAACUCUGCUACGUCGUCGCCACCGCUCUUUGCAUAUUCGAGGCGUUCUUCCGCAAGAAGUUCGCUCUCUGGGAGCCCCUCCCCAAGUCGUUCAAUGGCUGGUUCGCCCAUCCCAUCUUCUACUACUCUAUAGCUUUCUAUGAUAUUGUGAGUCUGCCCGUUCCCCCUUCGAACUCUCUCCUUUCCCAUUUCAGUCGCUCUUCAUAAUCGCUGUGGCAACUGCUCGAGCUCUCGUCAAUUUCGACAAAAUGACUCUUCGUGUCCACUAUUUCUUCUGCUUCUUCUCUUUCUUCGUCAAUCUCAUCUUUCUCGUGUUCAGUGUGUGGACGCUCGCAAGCACCGGCCCACUCACUUUCACUCCCAUCAAUUGUUUGCUCAUCUUCUGUUUCCUCUAUCAACUUCCUCUUCAGAUCUGGGCAGUUACCGUAGUCCGUAGCUGUCGAGACUUUUUCGCUCUGAUUCAUGUGUUCGUUUCCCUGGCCGAGUCUUGAUAAUCUUUGAUCGUCUGUUUCAAUAAACUUGGAGGGGAUUCUUUAUGAGCAUAAUCGAAUCAGUGCCCCUCACGGAAAGUCAAGCCCCGUUCGAAGCUAUCAUUCGCUUCCGAGAUGGUUUCUCGGAACGUUCUCGUUAUUCUCUUCUUCUCAAUAGCAGUUUCUGCUUCAGCGGAAGAAGUGACAAACAGUUCGAGUUGUCAAAAAUAUGACGACGAAGUUGCUCUCGUGGAGUAUUUCAUGAAGAUCACCACUCCAUCGAACAACUUCACGCUUUACAAACCAAAUGGUAAAAGGGAAUACUCAACCGUAAAUCAUAUAUAAUUUCAGAUGUGAUCUCUUUCAAUGACAACGAAGUCGGAAAGCUCGCAAUUUUCUUGUGUGCAAGAAUUGAUCUCGUUAUUGAGGUGGUUGGCAGCUCCCCAUUCAUUGACGCACGAUCGCGCAGAUCGAACUAUUUCUCCAUUGUGGAUUACAUUGGUAGGCAGACACUGGAGUGCGAAUGAAAACGAACAGAAUUUAAGUGAAAGGACGGCGCCCCGAAACGGAAUACGGCUUCCUCCACCUAAACUUCACAAAUGGUGAGAAGAAGACUUCGUUCGAUGUUGUUCUGAAACUCCAAUUGAAAUCGGCGCCUGCGAAACUUUCGUGGGAGAAGGAUUUCGAAGACUUCAGAAAGAGUCAAGGAGUGGAAGCAUUCCAUCCUCCUACGCCACGUUGUCCGAGAGAACAGAACGCAACAAAUACGCUUAAUCUGAGGGAAAUCAUUGUCAGAAGCAUGUUGAGGUUAUUUCUUAUUGAUCGUUAUCCUGCCGGCGAAAGAGUUUUAUAUUUCGAUAUGAUUAAAACCAAAGAAGACGUCACGUUCAACAUGACACUGUCUGGAAAUGCGCCGAAUGCACUCACGCGUUCUUGGUCAGUCAACACGUAUGGCCUCGCAGUGUGCGACACGGUGCUCGAGCCUGUCACAGAAGGGAAUUGGAUUUUGCAAUUGGAAGGAGGAUUGGCGUCAAACAAUAGUGUUCAAACCGUUGAAAGUCUGGUUUCUGCGCUCUCUAAGAUGAACUUGCCGGACCUGAAAACUGGGAAGACUGAGAUUGAGAGAGUUGUCCUCUACAGAGAUCAGGAGUCAACGAACCGUGUUUACACUCCUCAAAACGACAUUUUCAAAGUUUGGAGGAAACAAUUGCCAGACGACGUUUUGUUCGAAGAUGAGCUUGUGUUUGUGCUGAAGGGAACUGGAAACAAGAUCAAGUGAGGCGCCCAGUGUUCCGCCUAAUCAUUCAAAGUUUUCAGACUGACGGCAACCAGCAAGCAGACGGGAGGAGUCUUUGUCGCCUACGGAAACCAGCUCGAACAUCGAGUCGUCACGAUUCCAUUCGAAGGAGUCAGGAACAGUUUGGAAUAUGAAGAGUUGGAAGUCGUUGUGGAGAACGAAGAGUCGAAAGAGACACGGACUUAUACAGUGACUGUCGUUUUCUCACUAGAAGCCUCUGCUUCAGCGGAAGAAGCGACGAACAGUUCGAGUUGUCAAACGUACGGGGACGAGGUGGCUUCAGUGGGCUAUUUCAUGAAGAUCACCACUCCAUCGGAGGCCUAUACACUCUAUAAACCAAACGGUAAAAGGGAAUAUUCACUUGUGACUCUUGUGAAUAUACAAUUGCAGAUGUUAUCUAUUUCGAUGAGAACGAAGUCGGAAAGCUCGGAGUUUGGAUGUACUCAAGUAGUGUAGUCACUAUGGAGGUGGUUGGAAGCUCUCCAUUCAUCGAUGCAAGCACUCGCUACACGCAGUAUUUCUCCAUUGUGGAUUACAUUGGUAGGUAGGCGCUAGAGUAGGAAUGAAAACGAACAGAAUUUAAGUGAAAGGACGGCGCCCCGAAACGGAAUACGGCUUCCUCCACCUAAACUUCACAAACGCUGCGAAAAUGACUUCAUAUGAUGUUGUUCUGAAACUCAAGUUGAAAUCUGCGUCAGCGAAACUUUCGUGGGAAAAGGAUCUCGAAGAUUUCAAAAAGAGUCAAGGAGUGGAAGCAUUCCACCAUCCUCCUCCACGUUGUCCGAAAGACCCGAACGUAAAAAAUUAUGCUAAAAUGAGGGAAAUCAUUGUGAGAAGCAUGCUGAGGUCAUUUCUUAUUGAUCGUUAUCCUGCCGGCGAAAGAGUUUUAUUUUUCUUGGAGCUGACAGAAAGUGAUAACUAUCUGGUCAACAUAACAUUGGCUGGAACUUCACCGAAUGCGCUCGCUCAAUCUCAUUCCAUCAAGGCGGAUAGCCACGCGUUGUGCGAAUCGGUAUUCGAGCCAGUCAUGGAAGGGAAUUGGACUUUGACGGAGGAAGGAGGCGGCGUGUCAUCAACUUUUGAUGUGAUAACCACCGGAAGCCUGGUUUCUGCGCUCGCAAAGAUGAACUUGCCCGAUCUGACAACUGGGAAGACUGAGAUUGAAAGAGUUAUCCUGUACAGAGAUCACGAGUCAACGAACCGCGUUUAUACUCUUCAAAACGACGUUUUCAACAUUUGGAGGCAACCAUUAGGCAAUGUUUGGUUCGAAGAUGAGCUUGUGUUUGUGCUGAAGGGAACUGGAAACAAGAUCAAGUGAGGUGCUCCCAGCGUUCCGCCUAAUCAUUCAACGUUUUCAGACUGACGGCAACCAGCAAGCAGACGGGAGGAGUCUUUGUCGCCUACGGAAACCAGCUCGAACAUCGAGUCGUCACGAUUCCAUUCGAAGGAGUCAGGGACAGUUUGGAAUACGAGAAACUGGAAGUGAUCGUCGAGAACGAAUACACCGAAGAGAAGCGGACGUACAUUGUCAAUGUGCGGACAGGAGAGGAGAGAGAAAUCAUUGACGGAGAGGAUGAGGAACUUGUUGAAGAGGAUGGAUUCUCGGUUAUCGAAUGA